CCCAAAGGCUUUCCCACACUCGGGGGCCUCCAGCUCACCCCGGCUAGCCUCUGCCACCUGCCGGAGAAACUACACUUCCCAGCAGGCGCCGGUGCGGCGACCUCAGCUCCCAGCGUGCUCUUGGGCGCGGUCCGCCGCACCUCCCCGCCCCCCCCCCCCCCCCCCCCCCGCUUCCGCGUUAACCCUCUCAGUGGCUGCCGGCUGGCGGGGAGCCGCGCGGGGAGCAGGUUACCCGGGGGCGGCGGUGCUGCAGAGCUGAGGAGGGGAUGGAGUUCGGGGACGGGCAACGGGGCGGGGUGGUGAAGGGGAGGUGAGCACGAGGGUGGGUGCCCGCCCUGCGGAAGUUAGGAAUCUGGACGUUCACCUUUUCCCGAAAAACGAAGCCUUUCGAGUGCCAGACCCCGGACGGCGCUGAGGAGGGGGACAGGGGGCCCAGCCACCCGCCCACAGAAUGCCUGAGGGCCCUGAGCUGCAUCUGGCCAGCCGCUUCGUGAACGAGGCCUGCAGGGGCUUGGUGUUCGGCGGGUGUGUGGAGAAGUCACCUGUCAGCCGCAACCCUGAGGUGCCCUUUGAGAGCAGUGCGUACUGCAUCUCAUCCUCGGCCCGUGGCAAGGAGCUGCGCCUGACCCUGAGCCCCCUGCCUGGGGCCGAGCCCCCCCGGGGGCCACUGGCUCUGGUCUUCCGAUUCGGCAUGUCUGGCUCCUUCCAGCUGGCGCCCCGGGACGCAUUGCCGGCCCAUGCCCACCUGCGCUUCUACACAGCUCCCCCCGGCCCCCCACUCGCCCUCUGCUUCGUGGAUACCCGCCGCUUCGGCCACUGGGACCUCGGGGGCGAGUGGCAGCCCGGCCGCGGGCCUUGUGUCUUGCUGGAGUAUGAGCAGUUCAGGGAGAAUGUGUUACGAAACCUAGCGGACAAGGUCUUUGACCAGCCCAUCUGCGAGGCCCUCUUGGACCAGAGGUUCUUCAAUGGUAUUGGCAACUAUCUUCGGGCAGAGAUCCUGUACCGGCUGAGGAUACCCCCCUUCGAGAAGGCCCGCAAGGUUCUGGAGGCGCUGCAGCAGCACAGGCUGAGCCCGGAGCUGACUCUGAGCCAGAAGAUCAGGGCUAAGCUGCAGAACCCAGACCUGCUGGAACUGUGUCACUCCGUGCCCAAGGAAGUGGUCCAGCUGGGGGGCAAAGGUUACGGGCCGGAGAGCGGGGAGGAGGACUUUGCCGCCUUUCGAGCAUGGCUUCAGUGCUAUGGCACGCCCGGCAUGAGCUCCCUGCGGGACCGGCGUGGUCGGACCAUCUGGUUCCAGGGGGAUCCUGGACCCCUGGCACCCAAAGGAGGCAAGUCCCGCAAGAAGAAAUCCAAGGGAGCACAGCAGGGGCCUGAGCACAGAAUGGAGGACCCUCUCCUUCCAAGCACGGCCCCUCCCGGCACAUGUGGGGCUAGCAGAGGCCCUCCUGAGCAAAGUAGAGCAGAGCAGCCUGAGGGCACCAGCCUCCAGCAGGGCCCAGAGGCCCCCCGAGUCCCCGAGAAGGCAAAGAGGAGGAGGCGACCAGCAGCCGCAGGCCACCGCAGACCCCGAAGGAUCAAGGCUGACACCCCAUCCUUGGAGAACGAGGGCACGGCAGCCUCCUAGCCGGAGGGUCUCCUUGCUCACGUCCACCUGCUUCCUCUGCCGAGCCCUGCGGGGGGCCCUGGGCGGCUC